AACGCACCGUUUUGAAUGGAAAAAAAUCUCAAAUCUCCGGUCAUCGUUUUUUUGAACUGCUUUUCCGGUGAAUUAUGAGUUGGUUAAAGCUGGUAACCGGUCAUUACAAUCCUGCUAACAGAAGACGGUAAUGGAGAGCUUGUGUCUCAACACUUUAGUUCUUCAAUUUCAAAACUCAGUUACUAAUCAUAACCGUCGCAAACUUUUCCUCAACUUCAAUUCAAGAAACCCUCUCCGACACCGUUUCGCUUCUCAGUCAAAUCACAAAUUCACUGCUAAUUGCACAGAAUCACCAGGAGAUGAUGAAUCUCCCGUCUCCGGUUCCUCCGCUUACAUGGUGCUCGGAGUUGAACCUGGCUGCUCCGUCACCGAACUCAAAGCUGCCUUUAGAGCCAAGGUAAAACAGUUUCAUCCUGAUAUUAACAGAGGCAGUAACAUUUCUGAUACUAUGAUUCGCCGCGUAAUUCAAGCAUAUGAGGUUUUAUCGAAUUUCAGCCGUUCAGAGAUCAUUGAAAGUGAAUGCUUGGAUCCAUUUGAUAAGCCAGAGUGUGAAGCAUUUGAUGUGUUUGUCAAUGAAGUUCUUUGUGCUGGCAAAGGCUGUCCUUAUUCAUGCGUACAAACAGCCCCACAUGCCUUUGGAUAUUCGUCUUCAACCGGAACCGCAAGGGCAACAUCGCAAGGACAUGGUGAAGAUUACCAAGUUCAGCUUGCAGUUGGUCAGUGUCCAAGAAACUGUAUUCAUUAUGUGACACCUUCACAAAGAAUUAUUCUAGAAGAGUUACUUGUCAGCAUCUUGGAUGUACCAUAUGAUAGCUCGGCCGAUGCAGAUUUUCUGUAUUCGCUUAUUGUUAAAGCUCGGUUUGAGAACAAUCGGUAUCAAAAGCCAAAGAAACAACCGAAGACUUCAACCGAACAUGUGGAUUGGUUCUGAUAUCAACACCGGAACUUAUUUGAGUUUAACCUUUAUAUCUGCUGUUUUGAAGAGAGGAGGAGGAGAAAAGGUUGAGUUGAGUCCUUAUAGAUUGUCCCACAUUGGAAAUUUAGAAAGUAGAGAUAAAGAGUUGAGAAUAUAAAUAAUAAGGGGGAGGCGACAUUGAACCAUACUUACCUGGACGGGGUCAAUGGGUGGUCAAUGUGGCCUAUGGCCUAGAUCAGUGGCUUCCAUUGCACUUAGGAGGGGUGCUGGUCUAAGGUCUCCCCAAGUUGGGAGAGCCUACGUCGUAAUUUGUGAUAGAGGGGGCUUGCGUUCGCGCAGCCCCUGCUAAUCAAUUUAAAUCUUUUUCUUCACUGCAAAAUUUACCUGGUGAAAAUGGCUAAAGAAAUGAAACCACAGCUUAUUUAAUAUUAUGUAAACUCCUUAAUGUAUAUUUCCAUUUUAAAUUUUCUUA